AAGCUCUCGUAAUUGAAGAUUUAUCACGAGAUGCGGAAACUUUGGGGUGUACAAUUUACUUUAAAAAUAGUAAUUUAAAUGUGUAAGUUUUUAAACGUAGCAUCCAAACUAAAAACAUAAAGUAAAAGAAACUGCAUUUAAAACUCUGGUCAGACCUCAAAUAGAAUACUCGUCUCCAGUCUGGUCGCCAUGCACUAAACAAAACAUCAACAAAAGGGGAGUUCAACAGCAUCCGAAGAUAGAAGAUAGAUAGUUUUCUCACAUUAAUUUGGAACAGUGGAAUGAUGCAAAAUUUAUAACUUGAUUGAAACGCCACUGCUGACAAAUUUCUCAGAAUGUGCCAUCGGAACUGGAUUGGGCUGUUUCUCUUGGGGACCAUUAAUAACCUCCCAUAUGUGAUAGUGACCUCUGCAGCCAACACAAUUGCAGACAGUUUUGGGAAGAAAAACUUGAUUGGACUUGUGUUUGGUGCAAAUGUUGCAUUAUCGGUUGUUGUAAAAACAAUAAAUGGUGCCUUUAUGCUGAAAGUUCCCUACGGCAUACGAUAUGUGAUCAACACUGUGCUGAUGCUGAUAGGGCUAUUUGGAGUGGCUUUUGCUCCAAGUUUCUGGUUCUCUCUAGUUUGCAUUGUUUUUGUGGGUGCAAGUUCUGCCUUUGGAGAAAACGUUGCUCUUGGGUUCCUGCGGCUGUUUCCCAGCAAGAUGGUGAACGCUUGGUCAAGUGGAACCGGCAUGGCUGGCGUGCUGGGAUGUGUGAUCUAUAUCACCUUUGGAUGCGCGGUGGGUGCUGGUGGACAAAAUACGGAGAAAUUGAGACACCUUACCCAGUACGCGUUUCUCUUGACUAGCCCUGCAGUGGCUGUGUACUUGUUUGCCUACUUCCUUGUUAUACGGGUACCGGCAGAGAAGAGAAAUGAGGAGUAUGGUUCCCAUAGCAAUGAAGAGCAGGAACCAAUCUUAGGUGGUAGCCAUUCUGUACAGGGUAAACCAGAUACCGCAGAUCCACCAAUGGUCUUACCAAUUACCCCUCCUGAAACAAAGCUGAGGCGUAUAUGGCGAUGCUUCAAGCUAGUGAGAUGGCUGUCGGUCAAUCUGUGCGUAGUGUACCUGUUCGAGUAUGUGGCCCAGGGUUGCGCCGCCAAGGUCAGACCCAAGGACGAGUACCACAUAGGUUGUCCAGAGCUGUAUGCAGGCCUGUCACUGUGCUACCAGGCGGGCGUGUUUGUAUCAAGAUCCUCCGUUCAACUUGUUCAAAUCAAGAGGGUGGAUAUUCUCUCAGUUCUACAGUUCUUCAACAUGGUGCUGUGGGUCAUUGAUGUACAUUACAAGUUCUUACCUGUGUGGAGCCUGCCCGCCCUGAUGAUCUACGUUGGGCUCCUGGGCGGAGCAUCCUAUGUGAACAUCUUCUACUGGCUGCUCAAUGACCCCAAGUACCCAGAUCAGGACCGAGAACUCUGCAUCAACAUCGCUGCCAUAUUUAUAACUGUCGGGAUCAUAUCUGGUACAGUCUUUGAGACGCUUUUGUUUUCCACAUGGCUGAAGGACGACUAGCCGGGACUAGCCGUUGGAAGAGGCCCUUGCUCAGGGCAUGGGUCACUGGUGGAAACAUGGCAUGACUGUUGUAACCUCGCUGGGUCACUGGUGGACACAUGGCAUGACUGUUGUAACCUGGGUCACUGAUAGACACAUUGCAUGACUGUUGUAACCUCGCUCUGGGAAAACAGAGCUUAAUGUUUGUGUGUAUUGCAAAAGCUGAUCUGGGACAACACUUUCUGUCUAAACUGGAUUUUGGUGUAAAAGAGAUAUCCUUUAAACAAAAAAAUUCAUAAAGGCGGAAAUUGUUGUUUCUGAUUACCGUGUGCUCACUGCACAGGCUGAUCAAUGAUGACACUUUACGCACAUUAUUAAGCCCAGUUAUCCCAAAACAAAGCUUAUUAUGUGUGAUGUUUUUAACUUUAUAAAUUUCUGUGAUAAUUUGAGAAAUCCCUCGCCCAUCCCGUAUUUGAAGUAUACACCAAGAAAGUGUAGAUGAGAAUAGGCUUUAAUUUGUGAUAUCAUCAAGAGAAAUAUAUUUUAUGAAAAGGUUUAUAUAUUUAUUGGUUAUUUGUUAUUGAUUUCUUUGCAUUCAUUUUGUUAUGAAAACAAUAUAUGUUUUUAAACUUUUUUAAACUUUGUCAUUUACAUUUUAGCUUUUGAAUUGUCAUUAUUCAAGUACAUCUUAUGAUAUAGUCAUUGACAAGUUUAUCGGAUGUCAUAAUUGUUAAUACAGUAGAAUUGCAAUAACUUGAGCUGGCGAUUUCUCAAAAACUGGCAAUAACUUGAGCUUUAAAGGCAGUCCCUAACAUUUUCCUUUAAUUUCUAAAUAAAAAUACCCGCAAUAACUCAAACAUGCGAUUUUCGAUAACUCGAGGAUGUGUGCUGGUCCCUGAAAGGCAUUUCACACCUAAUUAACAAGCAAUUAUUCGAAGACACGUCCUCGUCUGAUUGAUGCUUAAAAUAUUUGAGUUGUGAAAACAGCGCAAUCAAGCAGACAAAAGACGCUUGAUUAGGUGUGAAGUUAGUCGCAGUUUGAGAAACACUGCAAAUUGUCAUCCUUUGAGAUGCAGAUAAAAGCUACACAGUUUUAAUGAUUAUUCAAUAAAUACCAGCAAUCGAUAAUUAUGAUAAAAUGUAUGGUAUAAAAGAGAGCGUAGCAGAUAAUACAUCGGAAUCCAUGUGGUGAUCAUGUUGAAUUGCGUGUUUUUUUUCAUGCCCAUGUACGUACAUUGUAAAGGAAGCGUUUGCGGUCAGAAGUUAAGCAUUACCAACCAAAACAGUGAAAACAAUACCAUGGCUUACUCGAAACCUGCGAUAACUUGAGCAUUGUGGUCAGUCCCGUGCGACCUCGAGUUAUUGCAGUUUUACUGUAAAUAUAUUUUUGAAAUAAUUUAUUAAAACUGAAUGACAAAGUGGCUUUCAAAUAAAUGCAAUAUUAAGUGUUUUUUGUAUUAUUGGACUGAUAUAUGUAUAGCAACAUUGAAUGUUUUCACUGUACAAUCACAAUUAAAGCAAAUUGUACACUGACCACUUUAUUAAUGUUUAAAUGUGAUAUGAGCAAGAUAAAAAAACUAUAUAUAAUAAGAUUUAUAAUUGAUAUAAUUUAUCAGCAUUACAAGAUAAGUCAAAUAUAAAAAACCAUGCACAAUUUCAGCCCAAUUGUUCAUUCUUAUUUUGCAAACACGUGCAAUAUUGUUAGAUGUAAAAUCAUUAUGUAUUCAUGUAAAAAGAAAUACAUGUAUAAAUAUUA